GCGGCCGGGAAGGGCCGCGGCGCGGACUGCGUGCGAGGGGAGCGGGCUUGUGGGCGCGCGAGGCAGCCGGCGGCGACAUGCGGGCGGACGGGCGGCGGCCCUAGCGGCCUGAGCCCCGAGGGCGGGGCGGUGCGGCGCGGGCGCCCCUUCCCCGCUCCCGCCCGCGGGGUCCUGGCGAGCUCGCUACGGGCCGGGCGGCGCGCGUGCGGCUGAGGGGCGGGGACGCCGUGUGCCUCGCUGCACCCGGCCGGGCCGGGCGGCUCCUCAGACAGCGGCGCGCGGCGGGCCCGGGCAGAGGUUCCGCGGGCGGCGCUAGGCCGGGCGAAGCGGCAUGAGCCGGCCCCCACCGACGGGGAAAAUGCCCAGCGCCCCCGAGGCCGCGCCGGGGGACGGGGCGGGCGCGGGCCGCCAGAGGAAGCUGGAGGCGCUCAUCCGAGACCCUCGCUCGCCCAUCAACGUGGAGAGCUUGCUGGAUGGCUUAAAUUCCUUGGUUCUUGAUUUGGAUUUUCCAGCUUUGAGGAAAAAUAAAAAUAUAGAUAAUUUCUUAAAUAGAUAUGAGAAAAUUGUGAAAAAAAUCAGAGGUUUACAGAUGAAAGCAGAAGACUAUGAUGUCGUGAAAGUUAUUGGGAGAGGUGCUUUUGGUGAAGUUCAGUUGGUUCGUCAUAAGGCAUCCCAGAAGGUUUAUGCAAUGAAGCUUCUUAGUAAGUUUGAAAUGAUAAAAAGAUCAGAUUCUGCUUUUUUCUGGGAAGAAAGAGAUAUUAUGGCCUUUGCCAAUAGUCCCUGGGUGGUUCAGCUCUUUUGUGCCUUUCAAGAUGACAGGUACCUGUACAUGGUGAUGGAGUACAUGCCAGGUGGAGACCUUGUGAACCUUAUGAGUAAUUAUGAUGUGCCUGAAAAAUGGGCCAAGUUUUACACUGCUGAGGUAGUGCUUGCACUGGAUGCAAUACACUCCAUGGGCUUAAUACACAGAGACGUGAAGCCUGAUAACAUGCUCUUGGAUAAACAUGGACACCUAAAAUUAGCAGAUUUUGGCACGUGUAUGAAAAUGGAUGAAACAGGCAUGGUGCAUUGUGAUACAGCAGUUGGAACUCCUGAUUACAUAUCACCUGAGGUUCUGAAGUCACAAGGAGGUGAUGGCUACUAUGGGCGAGAAUGUGAUUGGUGGUCUGUAGGUGUUUUCCUUUUUGAGAUGCUAGUGGGGGACACUCCAUUUUACGCAGAUUCACUUGUAGGAACCUACAGCAAAAUUAUGGAUCAUAAAAAUUCACUUUGUUUCCCUGAAGAUACAGAAAUUUCUAAACAUGCAAAGAAUCUUAUAUGUGCCUUCUUAACAGACAGGGAGGUACGACUUGGAAGAAAUGGGGUAGAAGAAAUCAAGCAGCAUCCUUUCUUUAAGAAUGACCAGUGGAAUUGGGAUAACAUAAGAGAGACGGCAGCUCCAGUGGUGCCUGAACUCAGCAGUGACAUAGACAGCAGCAACUUUGAUGACAUUGAGGAUGAUAAAGGCGAUGUAGAGACCUUCCCGAUCCCUAAAGCGUUUGUGGGAAAUCAGCUGCCUUUUAUAGGAUUUACCUACUUUAGAGAAAAUUUGUUAUUAAGUGACUCUCCAUCUUGUAGAGAAAAUGAUGCAAUACAAACAAGGAAAAGUGAAGAAAGUCAGGAGAUUCAGAAAAAAUUAUAUGCACUAGAAGAACACCUUAGCAGUGAGGUGCAAGCCAAGGAGGAGCUGGAACAGAAGUGCAAAUCUAUUAGUACUCGCCUAGAGAAAACAGCAAAGGAGCUAGAAGAAGAGAUUACCUUUAGAAAAAAUGUGGAAUCAGCCCUGAGACAGUUGGAAAGAGAAAAGGCCCUUCUUCAACAUAAAAAUGCAGAAUAUCAACGAAAAGCUGAUCAUGAAGCUGACAAGAAACGGAAUUUGGAAAAUGAUGUUAACAGCUUAAAAGAUCAACUUGAAGAUUUGAAGAAAAGGAACCAGAGCUCUCAGAUAUCCACUGAGAAGGUCAAUCAGCUCCAGAAACAACUGGAUGAAGUUAAUGCUUUGCUGAGAACAGAGUCUGAUACUGCAGCACGGUUAAGAAAAACCCAGGCAGAAAGUUCCAAACAGAUUCAACAGCUGGAAUCUAACAAUAGAGAUCUACAAGAUAAAAACUGCCUGCUUGAGACUGCCAAGUUAAAACUUGAAAAGGAAUUUAUCAAUCUUCAGUCAGCUCUAGAAUCUGAAAGAAGGGACCGGACCCAUGGAUCAGAGAUAAUUAAUGAUUUACAAGGUAGGAUAUCUGGGCUGGAGGAAGAUUUGAAGACUAGCAAAGCCUUACUGGCAAAAGUAGAGGUGGAGAAGAGACAGCUGCAGGAGCAGCUCACUGACUUAGAGAAGGAAAAGAGCAACAUGGAAAUAGAUAUGACGUAUCAACUGAAAGUAAUACAGCAGAGUUUAGAACAAGAAGAAGCUGAACACAAGACCACAAAAGCACGACUAGCAGAUAAAAAUAAGAUCUAUGAAACCAUUGAAGAAGCGAAAUCAGAAGCCAUGAAAGAAAUGGAGAAGAAGCUGUUGGAAGAAAGGACUUUAAAACAGAAAGUGGAAAACCUGCUCCUGGAGGCCGAGAAGAGAUGCUCGAUACUGGACUGUGACCUCAAGCAGUCUCAGCAGAAGCUAAACGAGCUACUGAAGCAGAAAGAUGUGUUAAAUGAGGAUGUUAGAAACUUGACAUUAAAAAUAGAGCAGGAAACUCAGAAGCGUUGUCUUAUGCAAAAUGACCUGAAGAUGCAGACCCAGCAAGUUAACACCCUAAAAAUGUCAGAAAAGCAGAUAAAACAAGAAAAUAAUCAUCUCAUGGAAAUGAAAAUGAACUUGGAAAAGCAAAAUGCUGAACUUCGAAAAGAGCGGCAGGAUGCAGACGGGCAGAUGAAGGAACUGCAAGACCAACUUGAAGCUGAGCAGUAUUUCUCAACCCUCUAUAAGACACAAGUUAGAGAACUUAAGGAAGAAAGUGAAGAGAAGACUAAACUUUGUAAAGAGUUGCAACAGAAGAAGCAGGAUUUACAGGAUGAAAGAGACUCCUUGGCUGCCCAGCUGGAGAUCACUCUAACCAAAGCAGAUUCUGAGCAGCUGGCUCGUUCCAUUGCUGAGGAACAAUACUCUGAUUUGGAAAAAGAGAAGAUCAUGAAAGAACUGGAGAUCAAAGAGAUGAUGGCUAGACACAAACAAGAACUUACUGAAAAGGAUGCUACAAUUGCUUCUCUUGAAGAAACAAAUAGGACACUAACUAGUGAUGUUGCAAAUCUUGCAAAUGAGAAAGAAGAAUUAAACAACAAGCUGAAAGAUACUCAAGAGCAACUGUCAAAGUUGAAAGAUGAAGAGAUCAGUGCAGCGGCUAUUAAAGCACAGUUUGAGAAACAGCUGUUGACUGAGAGAACUCUAAAGACUCAAGCUGUGAAUAAGUUGGCAGAGAUCAUGAAUCGAAAAGAACCUGUCAAGCGUGGUAGUGACACAGAUGUGCGAAGAAAAGAGAAGGAGAACAGAAAGCUACAUAUGGAGCUUAAGUCUGAGCGUGAAAAAUUGACACAACAGAUGAUCAAAUACCAGAAAGAACUGAAUGAAAUGCAGGCUCAAAUAGCUGAAGAGAGCCAAAUUCGAAUUGAACUCCAAAUGACCCUGGACAGUAAAGAUAGUGACAUUGAACAGCUGCGGUCACAGCUCCAGGCCUUGCAUAUUGGUAUGGACAGUUCCAGUAUAGGCAGUGGACCAGGGGAUGCUGAGCCUGACGAUGGAUUUCCAGAAUCAAGAUUAGAAGGAUGGUUGUCGUUACCUGUGCGGAACAACACUAAAAAGUUUGGAUGGGUUAAAAAGUAUGUGAUUGUGAGCAGCAAGAAGAUUCUUUUCUAUGACAGCGAACAAGAUAAAGAGCAAUCAAACCCUUACAUGGUUUUAGACAUAGACAAGCUGUUUCAUGUUCGACCUGUUACCCAGACAGAUGUAUACAGAGCAGAUGCUAAAGAAAUUCCAAGGAUAUUCCAGAUUCUGUAUGCCAAUGAAGGAGAAAGUAAGAAGGAACCAGAAUUUCCAGUGGAACCAGUGGGAGAAAAAUCUAAUUAUAUUUGCCACAAAGGACAUGAGUUUAUUCCUACUCUUUAUCACUUCCCAACCAACUGUGAAGCCUGUAUGAAGCCGCUGUGGCACAUGUUCAAGCCUCCCCCUGCUCUAGAGUGUCGUCGGUGCCACAUUAAAUGUCAUAAAGAUCACAUGGACAAAAAGGAAGAGAUAAUAGCACCUUGUAAAGUUUAUUAUGAUAUAUCAUCGGCAAAGAAUCUGUUGUUAUUAGCGAAUUCAACAGAAGAACAGCAGAAGUGGGUUAGUCGGUUGGUGAAAAAAAUACCUAAAAAGCCUCCAGCUCCAGACCCUUUUGCUCGAUCAUCUCCUAGAACCUCAAUGAAAAUACAACAAAACCAGUCCAUCCGGCGGCCCAGUCGACAGCUUGCUCCAAACAAACCAAGCUAACUGCCUUCUGUGAAAGCAGUUAUUGAAGAUGAUUAUAUUCAUCCAGCCACAAGACUGACAUAUGAUUUCUUAAAACAUAACUAAAAAGCUAUAUUUUACCAAGAGACUGAUCACACACAUACAUGCGCACGCACACACACAUGUGCGUGCUUUCUUCCCCCAUGAAAUAAUUACAAAUCAUGGAGAGCUUUUCUGGGCUGUUUUGAAACAAGUUGAACGAACAGUGAUUGGUGAGUAAAGGUGUCGUGCAACUCUUCCAGACGUGCUUCAUAAACCUCUUGGCAGUCACACUACAUUGUACAGAAUUGAGAAGAGUUUAAAGAAACCACAUGUCAGCUUCAACAGAGGGUUUUCACCAGCACAUUAGCCAGAAGAAUUUGGGAGUGGAUCCCACUAUAGUGAUGCUGACUGCAUCUCUAAGGAGUGACCAUGAUGUUGUGUUCAUGUAUGUAUGUACAUAUGAGUUGAGCCUAAUAUAUGUGUGUGUAUAUAGAUAUAGAUAUAUAUAUGAGGCUCAACUCAUAUAUACAUAUACACACACACACACACACACAUAUAUAUAUACACACACACAAAAACAUUGUAUUGUAAUACUGCAAGGUUUUUUUUAACUUACCAUUUUAUUUUUUAUACACAUUAAUCAGACAUCAUUCAGUUGCAACUAUGCACUUGUAUAAAGCCAUAAUGUUGGAGUUUAUAUCCUUCAUUCAUGUACCUGAUAGGAGAUGCAUGUUUGUGUAAACAGUAACUGUAACAAAGUUUGAAGUUAAUUAUUCCAGUUUCCUAAUGCUUAUGGUAGGCAACUUUACCCAUUUUGAAUGCCUUAAUUUAAUUUUCUUUCCCCCAAAUCUCAACCCUUUUCUAUAUUUAAGAAAAGAACAAGUUUACCAGCUCUUAAGAUGCAGCUUGCUUUGUGGGGAAAGUAGUGCACUAUUUUACAUAUAGUAGCUAUAUCAGUGUCAGCCUAUUUGAUGUGUAAUGGUUUUUAAUGUAUUUGGUCAUAGAAACAAUAAUGGAUUAUAUUGAAACUAAUGUGUGUGAUGUACAUCUGUUAUUUUUUUUUCAUCCCUUUUUACAGACUUCAGCUAGUAUGUGACUACAGAAUUUUGAAUUUGCUGGUUAUUCUAGAUGUGUUUUUAUUUAUGGUAAAGACAAUUUUUUUUUUCACAUUUUCAUUCAAGAUUCAGAAAUUGUCUCAAAUAUAAAGAAAACUAACAUGUACUGUAGAUAUAUUUUAAAUAUUUAAAUGUGUUCCUGAAACAAACAGCUGUGUAUGGCAGUAUUUCAACUUUGAUAUCUGGGAAGAGGCAGCCUCAGAAAUGGUUAGUUUGUUUUUUAUUAUUAUUAAAUGCUGCUGAGGUUAGAGAACAGGUAGGAGCUAUCCUGCUAUGCUGCUGGCCCAGGUAGGUGUGCUGAAGUGCACAGCAGUGGGCGACAGCAGGCUCUGUACAUAUGAGAAGUUCACUAUGGUAGUGAAAUGUUUGCCUGAUACUACAGUGAAGCCAGUAAACAUUUUUUAUUGCUUCCCUCUGGGGUCAGUAUAGAGAUUUUGUAAAAAGUUUGAUCCUUGUUAUAGAUGCUAUUGUGGAAAUAGUGGCCUUCGGCCUAUUGAUAUACUAAAUCCAAUUCUGUGACCUUCAGAUAGCCCAGUUGCAUCUUUCAUGCUGUCUCUGCAUGCCAUUUUCCUGGAAGUAGCUGUGCACUGCAGCUCUCGUUUGAUACCCAGCUUCCUUUCUUCCUUUCUUCCCUCCCUUUCUCCCUUUCUCUCUCUUCUUUCUUCCCUCUCUCCCUUCCUCCUUCAGAUUUAAAAAUGAAAAUAUAUAAAAUUUAUAUAGAAGAACUAUUUCCAUUCAUUAGAGUUGUUUAAAAGGAGACUGAUUUAAUAUUUUAUAUAAAGAUUUUGUUACACUAUGGAAGGUUCUAUCCUAUUCUGAAUUGGAGAGUAUAUAUAUAUAUAUAUAUUUUUAAAUAAACUUUAUUAAGGUGAAAUAAUGUCAAGUUUACACAUGAAUAAUUGAAGUAUUUGAGUAAAAAAAGUCAAAAGUUAAAUUUUGGAUGCUGUGUGUAUAUAUAUGUAUUAAGAGUUUGAAGAAUCAUGUUGUAAUGCAACUGUGCAAGGCAAUUGAUGUGAAGGAUUCAGGGGAAUAAAACAUUCUGAGGGGUGAAAAAUCUCUCCAUGGAGCUUCUUCACAUAUGGUUUAAUAAGGAUUUAUAAGGUCAUUUGUCCAGCUGACAGAAUUGCAUGUGAAAAAACACGUGACCUUAGGGAAGCAUUUGCUUUUCCUCUUGUCAUUUGCAUGUACCUGCCACCCCCCCCCAGUCCAACAGUGAUUACAAGAGUAACCUAAUUUUAUGUCAGUUUCACUUUUUCUUGAGGCCCCCAAACCUUCAAAAUAAAUGCUAAUCAGAGCAGAUACUGUUCCUUUGCUCAGUUUCUCACAGAGCCAUAAAUACUCCAGUUGGAACCUAAAAGACAGGGAAUGCUGGAUUUCUUUAGUUGGAUGCUGUACUUUUGCUUUGUAGAAACAAACAAAAAAAAGAAGUAAAAGAAAAUUUUAAGUACCAGUAUUACUUUUGAAAAUUAAUGUAAAAUUAAUUUUUAAGCAUUAGUUUUCAGUAACAUUAUCUAAAAGCAAGAUUAAAAACAAACAAACAAAAAAAAACUUUCUGAAAGUUUGAAAUUCCCUAACCAGCUAAAGAAUAAGUGAGUUAGUGAUCCCAAGGGAAGGCUGGGGUUUGUGGCCAGCCUUUGAGAGGCCACAGGCCCUAGAGGGGCCUUUCAUUAGUUUUACGAUCCUAGUGAGAUAUGCUCGAGGCUGCCAAACCAGCUGAAAACACCAUGCUGCUGCUGUUGGUCUGUUAGGAUCCCAGGGUGAAGUAGGGAACUCAGACAUUAAGAAACCUUACAGUGAUGCUCUAAGUAGCAUGUUGAAACUCUCAAGUAGAGCAAGUAGCUUCCGAGUGUCUCAAGCCCUUUAUGCUACUGAGUCUCCUUUCCUGCCUGAAGGUGGCUUCAGCUCCCCUGGGCUCAUGGAGGUGCCACAGCCAAUGUUAAAGCACUUUGACAAGCACUGUGUGACAGUGCUGAGUAUUGUGCCCUGGGCCCUUGCCUUGUUCCCUUCACUGUGGUGACAUUUGUUUGGAACUGUAAUAAGUUAUAAACUGCAUGAUUUAGAGAGUCAUCCUGGACCAGCUGCCCCCUCCCAACAAAAAAAAAAAAAAUCAUAUCCUCUUGAUUUAUUUUUUAUUUUAUUGCAUCUUUGUAGUAAUGUAAUUGUAUUUUUAUGCCUGCUUUUUGUUUAAAAAAAUAAAUAAAAGAAACUAAGAUGUAA